AUACUUACAUCACACCUUCAGAUUGAUGAAAGAGACUGUAUGGAGAUGCCAGAUCUUGAGAAAAACGAGGCAACGAGGCUGUUUCUCAAGCGUGUGGGACUUGGUGACGAUUCUGUUUGGAUUAAGGACCAUGACAACAUUGUCCAAAAAUGUGUUGAAGAGUGUCUUUAUAGCAAGGGUGAUGACGCUGAUCAUCACUAUCAUCCACUAUCGCUACUGGUUUUGGGUGGGCAACUGCGAAGCGUCGACCCGUCAAAAUGGCAGGAGAUCUUAGCAGAAGAACCCGACAUUAAAUUCAAUCUAUCCGGGGAAAUGCCACACCCUGUCUUCAGCAUUUUUGAAAGAAGCUAUUACAGCUUGCGUAGAGCCGAACAGCUUCUAUUUAUGGAUGUAGCUCUCUUUACACCUGAAAGAUAUCUCACGCUUGGGAUACCUGGGAGCAUCUUCACGUGGCUAAGCAUGCUCCAUAACUUGAGUGAGACUCAGGUUAUCACACGGUUGAAGCUUUUGAACACAAGAGGGAUGUUGGAGGACUUGGGUGAUGGCUCUUGCAGUAUUCGCAUGCACGAUUUAUUCCGAGAGUUUGCGAAAUGGAAAGCGAAAGCAAUGAACCUUGAUACUCAAGAAUGUUUGUACGUGACAGACAAUAUCACUGAGCUUCGGAAAGAAAGAGCCGGAAACUGCUGUCAAGAGUUGGCGAGGAUUGCUUUAAAGCUGGGCUAUGAUUUGAGAAGUUUUGCUGGAAUUCAAUGGAAGUAUUUCUCGAAUGUUGUUGUUUUGAAGCUUUUCGAGUGCGACCUCGGCGAUGAAGUCUUGGACUUGAAAUGGCUGAAGCUUCUAAAAUCUUUGGAUGUUAAUGGCUGUGAAGGCCUCACCCAACUUCCUGGGCUGCAAGAGCUGAAAGACUUGACUUAUUUGAGACUGGUUUCUGUUGAAAUAGACAUUGAAACUCUGAAUCAACUACCUGUCUCACUCAAGUACCUACACUUGCAAGAUCUUCGGAAUCUACCAAACCUUGACCACUGUACCAAUCUGCUCGAGCUCACAGUAGAGGAAUGUCGAUCAGAAUAUCCAGAUUUAAGCAAGCUAAGUUUGAUACAAAAGAUAUACUUCUCCGGCCCUUUUUGCAAAGCACCCACUGUCAGGGGUUUGAGCUCACGUUUGUCUAAUUUACAAUCUCUAAGGGUUGUUGCAUACCACUUGGGACCUUUGAGGUGCCUAGAAGGUCUCGGUGAGUUGAUUGGCUUGCAGGAGCUUCAACUUCUUCAUGUUGAUUCCACGGAACUUCCUGACUUCCAUAGGUUUACCAACCUGAAGAAGAUGGAGGUAUUGGGUGACAAUCUCACAAGGUUGUCAGGUCUUGGAAGCCUUCCCAAGUUAGAACAGAUCAUCCUCAAGGGUUGCCGCAAUCUGAGGAGCUUGGAAAGGCUUGAGCAGCUACCCAGAUUGCAACUUCUCCAUGUUGGAGGAUGUCGCAAUUUGGCAUCUCUAGAGGUUUACAAUUGUGUAAACUUAACCAUUUGUCUCGGGUUAAGUGACCUGACUGCCCUGAAGGAAUUACAUCUAUCUAAUGUGGGUGUUAGCGAUGUCCCGGACUUAAAGGAACUCUAUCUACGCAAUGUUGGUGUUCCGUUACAUCUGGUGAAACCCCGAGUUCGAUCGAACUUUUCCAGUCUGAAGAUUCUCAAUCUGCAAGGGUGCACUGAACUGAAGAGUCUGGAGGAAAUGGGGCCUUUACCUGCAUUGCUACAACUUGAUAUUUCAUACUGCAGCAAAUUAAUGGAUCUGCCAGACUUGAGCAAAUCCCGUAAGCUUGAACUGCUUGAUUUCUCCCACUCUGCAGUGGAAUGGAUACUCCGAUACGAAGAUGUGUACACAUUGGCUUCCUUGCCUCUACUAAAGCCAGUGACCAUUAUGAAGAAGGAAUAUUCAGCUGAGGCUAAUCAGAAAAGGAAGCAAAAAAUGCUUUCUGUUGGCACUAGAGAAGUGUAGCUCAAUGGGAGUUGACCUGUUCAUCCCGUAGAUAUGGGUGCCGCGUAUGGGGUCGUGCUCUCGAGGAUUGGGUGUUAAGGUGUUGCAAACGUUGGACAUGAGCGAAGCAGAGGGAGUGAAGCAUGGGCGAGAGGAAGCGGGGGAAGAGCUGCAGAGGGGAUUAUGUGGGGAGGGGGGGGGGAGGGUGGCGAUGGGGAAAAGUCUUGCGGAACGGCGUAGUCUGCAAAAGAGGAGAUCCAGCUGGCCCCGAUCUCCCGCCCAGCCAUGAGGAAUGGCGCAGACCUGCUUCGCCCAACACGCACGCACGCUUCCCUUCCCUGCCCUCCCCGCCCCACGUUCGGCACGUUUUCCUGUCCAUUCCUCUACCUGAGAAACCCAACUCCUUGCUCUCUCCGGAUCGCAACCGGCAACACUAUUUAACCCAGUCCCAUCAUUUGAUGCCUGGGGGACUAAUCCUCGAUUAAGCCUCUUGCGACUCCAUCGAUUAGGGUCGCAGGAACGCCGUCCUUGUGCCGGAAAUAGGUGCACCAUGUCAUGCCAAGUUGAAUUCGCGGAGGAGGACGGGGAGACUACAUACACAUUAUAACACUGACAAAGAAGCGAAGCAAACAGACCACGACUAUCGCAUAGUCGGACAAUUCGAUGGCCCUGCUGCAGCGAAAUCUCGACCCACAAACCACGGGACGAAAUCGAAAUCCACCAAAAUCCACCACCGCAUUCUUGUCAUCGAGGCCGCCGCUGCCGGUGGGGAGUUGCAGUGCUUAAAUAAUAUGUGAAAGCUUGCUAUUGAUUAAUUGCAACAUACAUUAAGAAAUUUCUGUGUACGUAUUCUUUGAUUUUUUUUUAAACAUACCUUAAUGAUGGGUUUGUUCCAUGUGA